AUGUUGUUACUACAUGAACCAAAUCCUGUUUCAGCACAGUUUGGUGGCUAUCCGAAGUCAACAUACGACCAGUCGCAAGGAUACAAUAACACUCAGCAGCCAGGAAACUUGGUGAAUCAUGCACAACAGUCUUACCCUCAAGCGAAACCGUUUCCUCCAGGCCCUCCUGCACCUCUGUCUCAACAACCUGGUGGACAUCCAACUAUGAAUGGUAUUCCUGGAGCGGGAGCACACUCUCAACCUCAAUAUAAUCAUCAAGCUCCAGCCAAUGGCUUUGCCCAACACUCGACUGCUAACUUUCAAGGCCAACAACAAGCUGCUUCAACAACUUCUCAAUCAAACGGGCCCGUACCACAAACGUCGGUCCAGUCUCGCCCUGCGCCUUUCCCGCCACAACCGAUGCAGUCGUUCCCAAGUUCAAAUCAAGCUUCACAACCAUCUUAUGGCAUAGGAGCACAGCAGAGUCACUCAUCUCCUGGUUACCCACAACCGAACGCGUGCAUCACCCAAGCUCCUCAGCAGCAAAGCAGCAGGUCCUCAGCAAACUCCUGGUGGAGCUUUUCCUCCGAAUAUUCCUUCUUCCACAAGUAG